AUGGAUGAUGUGGUUGAGACACUGUUGGUUUAUGAAAAUUGUCCGCUUUCGGUGAAUGGUAGAAUUAUCCAGAUUUAUCUUAUUUGCUUACCACUUAAGAAGGUUAGUAUGGUCUUGGGGAUGAAUUGGAUUUAUGCCAAUUUAGUGUUUAUUGGAUGUGAAGAGAAGUUAAUCAUCGUUCCAUCUAGUGAAGCUACUCCAAAGGAUGUAUUAACUAUUAUCUUGGAAGGUAUGAUUGACAUGGUUAAUAUCUCGUUUGAGAAGGAAAAGUCGGUUCUCUUGGUUCUCACCAGGGAACCUAGCGACAAUCUGAAAGUUACACAAAUUCCCAUCGUUUAUGAAUUUCCAGAAGUUUUCUCUGAGGAUGUCACUUCUCUUCCUCCUGUGAGGCAAGUGGAAUUCUCUAUUGAUCAGAUACCUAGGAUGAAUCCAAUCUUCGUUUCUUCGUAUCGUGUGGCACCACUCGAGUUGAGGGAGUUAAGGGAUCAAUUGAAAGAGUUGUUAACCAAGCAUUUCAUCUGA